CCUGCGACAUGCUCGUUCCCCGUGGCAUACGUACCUCCAAGAUCCCGCACGUCUUGUCAUGACACUCGCUUCGUCUCCAUUCUUUGGGAACAUCAACAAAAAAGAACCGCAACGACCAUCUUCCACAUGCCUCUUCCCUCUCAUAUACGAUCAGGCCGACACGAUUCCUACAGCACCAACACACCCACAACGUCUACUUGAAGACCGUCAAUAUUAGACCACUGCACAUGAACAUUCACGAUCUGGCAGUGCCCACCCAGUCCUCUUGACCAGACUAUACUCUGCACUCCAUACAUUUCAGACAUGAGCAGGAAGUGGUAGUAGCCUCACUCAACGAAGAAUGGUCAUCCUUGAGCGCAGUGUCCUCUGCUGCACGGCGACCUCAAUACGUCGGACACGAUAAACUUCAACAUGGCGAACUAUGCGCCUUUGCAUCGACGCAGGCGGAUUUCUGAUCAUAACUCUCCAAGUUCUCCAUCUCUCUCGAGAAGAUUGGUCGAUCGUUCUGGCAGAUAUAGCGACGCUCUGAGUCCUGCAGAAGCCGCAUCUGGCACUGAUGAGUCGGAAAGUCCGUCGGGCAAGCUGCCUCUGCCCUCUCCUGCCUACGAUCGUCUCCAGGCGUUGUCAACUGCGCCUCUUCCCGUCAGAUCCUCGGGUGCUGAUCCCAGAAACCUCCAAAGGUCCUCCGAGGAGACUGGUCGGCCACGAUUCCGUCCAUCUGACGAAGCUGUUCGUCCAGCGACAAGCGAUGCUGCGGACCCCAACAGCCCUUCGCCCAAUGUCGCCUCGAAGCCUUCUCAUCAGUCCAUGGAACUGCCGUUGAGACCGAGUCCGGUGCCUCACAAUUCCAGUCCCAAUACCCUCAGAGAAGGGACGUCGCUGGAGCGAUCGAUCAGAUAUGGCGAUAAUCCAUCGUCCCCUCACUUCCGCAACCACAGCUUUUCUUCGCCACUGGCCGAUCGCUAUGCGCAUGACGAGCCGAUUUCGGUCAAAGGACAUGUGGGCAAAAAAAGCAGGUUGAAUCUACUGAACCCAAUGAGUCUGCUGGCUCGACGGCGGUCAUCACAAAACCAGAAACUCGAAGACAUCAACCUCAGCAUUAACACGCUGUCUGUACCGGCGCUUCCAGCCGACUUUGACCCAAGUAUCAGAGGAAAGGUCGUGCACGAUUUCUCGGCCCCGCGCACCCGCAGACUGUACUCUCAAAAUGAUGUUGGCACCCUCGACUCACCGGGCUUACGCGCAGGAUACGGAUCAGAUGUCAACCGCAGCAAUGAUCCACCAGGAACCCAGACUGCGGCGGCUGGGCCACCCAACAUAUCGCACAGUCCAAUGUUCAAGGAGCACUUUCAAGAGGAGGAUCGUCCAAGCUUACAGCCAGACCGAACUGGCUACUUGCAUAAUUUCAAUGCCUCUAGCGUUGCGUAUGCCCCUCAAGACCCGGACAAUGUGCCGGCAUUCGCGAAGCGGCUGCCAGCUGUAAUUCCGCAGCCUGAGUCCCACAUCAACGCUUCAUCACAAGACAAGGAAGAUAACCUCUUCGAAUCGCAGCGUGGAGACAAGUCACCUCUGCCACCCACACCACCGCCCAGGUCUACACCUUCGCCGAAGCUCGACCUACCACCGCCUGCAGCAUUGCCCAAGCACAUGACCAGCACCUCGUCUAGGUUCAGCUUUCAAUUAGCAGAGACCGGCUCUUCAGCCCAGGAAAGGUUGCUGGAAGAGAAACACAAGCAAUACGAAGCUACACGAAACCCUGCUGCCGAAGGCGGCGCCGGCCAAGACGACGAGUAUGCCGACUAUGACUUCGAUGCAGAUGACGGAUUCGAGGAGAAGAUCCCUGGUGUCAAUGCAGAUUAUGAUGAAGAUGACGGCUUCGGCGAAGACGAUGAUAUUCCACCUAGCAAUGCACUUGUGGCACGAUACGCAGCUCCUGAAGCUGAACUUGGUCCACCACCAGUAACCCAUAUUACAGAAUUGCAGGGGCAGUCUCUUCAGGGUUUCCACUUCACACCGCAGUCUUUGACAUUCAGUCCGACCAGCACCAACAAUGCUUCUCAGCCAACACCCCGGGACCAUGAAGGGUUGGCGAUCGGAAUCGCAAACUCAAGAGAGUCCUUCCAGCAUGGCCACCCUGAUAUUGAAGGCAAGGAGGAGCCGAUCGAUGCCAGCAAAGCUCCCAUGCUUGGUGGCCUCGGGAUAUCAGCAGCUGAAGUACGUGGGAGGCGAUCUUCUGUCACCUCGCGUCCCUAUGGACAGAUUUUUGACGACGAGGACCUCUACUUUGACGAUGGCGAGUUUGAUGUCCUUAACGUAGACAUACCAAGCGGAGAAUUUGACGAACAAAUUUUCGAUGACGAGACUGGCAAGAUCCGGGACAUACCGGCCGAGAACGCGCGCAAAUUUGAAGUUGCUAAACAGUCCGCUGGGCCAGAUGACGAGGUCGAAGUCUUGGAUCAGCUUGACGAUGAGGAGGCUAAGUCACAACCAUCAGAAAGCAAUAGCACUCAAGGCCCGUCGCGACAGGCGCAUCCAUCGUCGCAGGAACCAGGUCAGCUGAGCCAGGCCGACCCAGCACACGGCGGCCAGGUCACUGGCCUGACCGAAACAAACCUUGCAGCUUAUCAUGAUGCACUGGCAUUUGCAGCAAACCAAGCCGCCGCAAACGGGAAAUUCGAUCGAAAAGUAAGUUUCGAUCAGAUCUCCAACGGUACUUCACGGUCAGCCCUUGAAAGUAGCCAGCCAGGAGUGAUCUCGGAUGACGGACACUUCAGCUAUAGUUUCAAUCCCGCUGUCGCAGAUGAUGACGGUUUCCCCUUUGACGAUGAUCUUGAGGAUGACCCAAUGAUUGCGGAAGCCAACGCCGAGGUUCUGGAGAAUGACGACGAAGGUUUCUAUGGUCGUGAAUUUGGAUUCUACGCGCGAUCUCACAACAAAGCUAGCACGGAGCUCGUCAAUGGCGGCUACUUCGCUGAACGCGGCUCCAAUGGGGUGAAACGUAGUCACAGUGGUAAAGCAAACUUUCAAGAGCCCAGCCUGACUCCUAUCACGGAGCGCAGUGAAUGGAGCACUCGGAACUCGGUGGUGUCUUUGCAACUCCCCGGUGGUAUGCCGGCUUCAGCGCACUCAUUGCCUAGCCCGGGCAUUGCGCAGCUACUGGAGCUUGAUUCACCUUCGUACGACGAGGAUAUGAGUUUCAGUGCCUUGCUGAAGCUUCGUGGAAGAACCUUUGGAGGAAGUUCAACCAGCAUCAACAGCUCAAAUGCAGGACAUCCUGUCAGUUCACCACUGGCCCACUUCUCCAACCAUUCUUUCACGCAAGGAGAUGGUGGAGCUGGAAGGAUGGCAUCUUCUAUACAGGGUCGAGCUUCGCCAGCAGGAAUACCGGAGUCAGAGGAAGAAGACGACGAAGCCGAGAGACUUACGCUAACGCAGAACACGCCUCGUAAGAAGGUGAUUGAGCCGGUUACAGUCAUGUCACAGGAGGAAAUGCCCUUCUCACCUGCAGCGGCUCCUGGUGGUGAACGCCGGAAAGGGCAACACAGCAGGACAAGCAGUGGGGCAGAAAGCGUCAGCUAUGCUCAAGAUACAAAUGGAAGAUGGGUUCUUGAGAGGAGGCGAACCGAUGAAGGAAGCGGUACUGAAGUUAUUGAUCGCGAAUAUCUAGCGGGCGUUCGAAUUUAAGCAUGGGAGAUAAAGGAUAUAUGAAGAAUUGGAUCCCGAGUAUGGGGAUAUUGUUUUCGGAAGAAAAAAGCACAUACAGGACGACGAUAUGAUACCCCUAUAGAUUUGAAUACAGUACGCACUUGUUGGA